AUGGAUAUCAUCGACAGCGAUCAUGUCGCUGGACGUCAACAACCGGAUCCAGGCACUUUGAAGGAAGACCGCUCCACUACUGAACAGCUUGACAAGGUCGACAAGAACGAUGAAGAGCUAUCGGGAGAAGAUGACCCUUUCAAUUACAUGCUGGCGGUUAUUCGCGCCAAGCUCGACCAAGCUUCACCCGACGAUCCGCUACCGUGUCGUCAUAAGACAGAGACAAAGUCCAGAGUCUCUGAUAAUGACCGACAUCCAUCCACCGGUCCGGCGCCAAUAAAGACAGCAAAGCCAUAUUUACAAGCAGAUGCUCAGGGCGGUAGUCAGAUACCACCUGCGAUUCCUCCCCUACCAGUGAUACCUGACGGUGGCGAGAUGACCCUGGCCUCCGAGUUACAGCAGCUCAUCCAGUCGGAAAAGAAACUUGAUGCUGCAGCAUUGUACAAACGCCGCCGGAUAGCCAGCUCGGAGCUGCUGGUCAACACGAGAUACUUUGCAGCCCCUACAUCCUCGCAACCGACAGUCGGCUCAGUCCAGGGGGAUCUCUCCUUCCAGGCCCUGUCCCAACCUCAACCACAGUCACGGCCAGGGUUCCGGAGGAACAUACUCACUCAGCAGCCCUCUAACGGCUUCGAUCUCAUCAGCUCCCUCGCCUCCUACUCGGUCCUCGCAAUUGAGUUCAUCAAGUACCUCCACCCACGGGACAUCCUGACCGUCUACUCCAUCAGCCGCGUCUUCCACGCCAACUGGGACGCCAACGAGCAUUACUUCUGUCGCAUCCUGGCCUGCCACCUGGACCCCACGGCCGCCAGAGCCUACCCCUGGGAGCUGUACCGCGACUUUCUAAUCCGCAACCCCCGCGGUUAUAUCGCUAUCGACUACACCCAGCCGGACUUCCGCCGCGGGAUCGACAUCGACAACCCGACGCCCUGGAGCCGCAUGGUCCUCAGCCGCGGCAGCUCCGCAGGCCAUGCGCCACUGCAGCUGAGCCCGGGCUCCAAGCUCUGCCUCGGCAUGGCCUGGAUCAACAUGCUGUUCGUCCGGGAGCGCCAGGCCCGCGACGUGGUGGCCAGCCUCGCCCGCAAGGGCCACCGCGUGCCCCCCUCGACGCGCUCCACCAUCCGCAAGCUCUGGACCCUGACCGACUGCCCCACAAACCGCGGCCGGCACGGCCUCGUCCGGGCCUGGGCCGACGAGGACCUGCUCACCGCGCAGCUGCUCUUCCUCAAACUCGACCUCAUGUUCAACGACGCUAUACAGGGUCCUGGUACCCCCGACCUCCGUCGUCUGAUGCUCGGCCAGCCGGGCGGCGUGCGCGUGCUCUGGCAGCUGCUGCGUCGAAGGCGCUUCGUCGCCGACCUGCUCGAUCUUUUGCGGCUACAGCUACUAUUUGACGAGGGCACCGCGACGCCGGAGCAGAUCGAGCGCGGCCUGCCCAUCGCCGGCGUGCCGGUGGAGUUGUUUGGGGUUACGCGGUGCGAGGGCUGGGGCCGGGGCGGGGCGCCGCUCGUCCAGCCCGACGAGCUCGUCGCGGCCGAGUGCGUGAGGAGGCAGCUUGGUGUAGACAAGCUGCUGGUGCCUAUGGUGGCGUGGGGCUGCGUCGACUUUGCUACGGGGCGGAAUCUGGUCCCGACUGUAGAAGAGUUGUACAUGAGCGAUGAUGACGAUGGUGGUAGCCGUGGGAUUCAGGGGCCCAUGCCGCCACCGGGUGGCCUCGAUACCCUGGCGGGAAGUGUGCCACUGGAAGAGGGUGACUGGAGACCGCACCAUGCUAUGCGGGCUGUUUUUGACACGCUGACACCGCAGCAGCAGCAGGCUGUGAUCGCGGCCGAGGAAGACGAAGACCUCAUUGCCCAGGCGUGGGAGGAUGAUUCGAACAUGGAGUUGGAUGAGUCUGAGGAGGAUGGGGAGGAGGAUGGCAAUGAUGAUGCUAUGCCGGAUGUUGAGUGAAUUCAAUGGGAUAUUACUGUGCUUUGCAUUAUUGUAAGCCUGCAGUGGCAACUGCCAUGCUGCUUGCUGGAAG